AUGGCCAUGGAACUUCCUCUCAUCCUCGGCGACGGCCCGGACGCCGCCCUCUUCUCCUCCCUCUGGUCCUCCUUCCCCGACGAUCUGCAGCAGCCCCCGCAAGAGAGCGUGGCGGAGCUGAAGCAGACGCUGCUGGCGACGACGAUGGAGCUGGAGGCGGCGAGGGAGGAGCUGAAGCGCAAGGAGCAGAGCAUCGCCAAGCUGGCCGAGCUGGUCCGCGAGGUGGCCAAGGAGCGCGACGACGCGCGGGACCAGAUGCAGAGUCUCCGCCUCCUGGCCGCCCAGGCGGCGGCAGCUGCUGCGGCGGCACCCGCGCCGCCGCUCGUCACUUCCAGCUUCACCGACUCCGACUGCAGCCUCGUCUCGUCCCCCGUCGACCCCUUCUUCGACCCCGUCACCUCCGCCGACAGGCGCGGCAAGCUCAGCCCCGCCACUCCCCCGGCGGCGUCAUCGGCGGUGGCGCCCAAACGGCAGUGCCAGCCCGGAGGCGGCGGCGUCGGCGUCGGGUCGGCGGCCGACGCCGUGCUUGACAUGCUCGCCAGCAAGAGGCCCCUGCCGCACAAGGGCCGCCUGCUGGCCGCCGUCAUGGAGGCGGGGCCUCUGCUUCAGAACCUGCUCGUCGCCGGGCAACUCCCGCGGUGGCGCAACCCGCCCACAGUGCGCGCCCCAGACACGCUCCCUCUCGGCGCCGCCCGCGCCGGGUACGUCGGCGCCCCCGUGGCCGCCGCCGGCUCCGACGCCGUCACGCUGGCCUCCAGCGCCUGCAUGAAGCGGCCGAUGUCCAUGCUCCCGCUGACGCCCAUGCUGCCCGCCGCCAGCUGCUCGCCGGGCUUCAUCGCCAAGCGGCAGAGGCUGCACUGA